GGGACAGUCCAUGUCAUCGUUUGGUGGCAGCUCUCCUACGACAGGCGCACUUCAGAGAGUUGGCGCAUCGACAGGAGGACCAUGAAGAGAGUGAAGCAGGAGCUGCUUCUCCGUCGCUCUCCUUCCCGGCCAUGAUGUCGGAGCUUCAAAGCGGCCACGCUGAGGUGGAAGAUCCCGGAGUCUUGGACGUCUUCAGAACAAACUCCGCCUUCGCCCUGGAGGCGAGACGAUCCUUUCUGGAGCUCUGUACUCACUUGGACAAGUUCUGCUUCUUCGUGGUGGCGUUGCGACCCUACCAGCAGCUUGCAGCUGCGGGCGGCGACGCAGCCCUCUGCUGGCUGCGGCGAAGCCUAAGUCACCUGUUGCAGGAACUGGACAAAAGUUUACUUCAGCUCCGCCAGGCGAGGCUGGCGCUUAUGCAUGUGGCAAAGAAGCAUUUGCAGGAUCUGGCCAAGAGGAUCGGUGAAGCAGAAGAGCUUCAGCGACGAUGGAUGCAGUCGCUGCGGCACGUGGACGAGCUACGUUUGGAUGAGCUCCACAAAGCCUGCGCCGGCAGUAGCACCGAGGUGAAUGCCUUGACCAGUGCUGUGCGUGAGGUCGAGUUGAAAGCAAAGGCAAAAGAAGGACUUCAACAGAUCGCCGCCGCCUUCAUGAACCCGGACUUCCAGGCACGAUGUUCGCUGGCUUUGCCAGACAGGCUUGCUUCUGAGAUGAGGGAACUGGCUUCAAACAAGCUCCCCGCCGUGGAGUCGUCACGCUCUCCGUGAG